AUCAGCUGGAACAUUGGAACCACCCAUCAUAAUGGAACUUUGUCUAAACAAAAGUGAUAACUCCACUUGCCCAGAAAUGCCCUAUGAAGAGAGUCGGAUACUUCUGGUUGCUGUUUACAGCAUGGUUUUUACUAUAGGCAUUCCAGCAAAUUGCUUAACUUCUCUGCUUACAUUUCUACAAAUCCAAAGGAAAAAAGUACAUGCCAUCUACAUUUUCAGUUUAUCAUUGUGUGAUCUGAUGUAUUUAGGUACCUUGCCUUUCUGGAUUAUCUAUGUGCAAAACGGGCACAAGUGGAACAUGGGUGACAUUUCUUGCAAAAUGACAGGAUUCAUCUUCUUCUGCAAUAUCUACAUCAGCAUUCUGCUUUUGUGCUGCAUCUCUCUGGAUCGUUACAUGGCACUGGUGUAUUCUGUGGAAUCAAAGGGGAGAAGAGAAAACAAAAAGGCCAUCAUAAUAGUCUGUGUUCUCUGUGCUGUGGUUGCAGCAAUCCACACUCCAGUAUUUUUCAUGGAAGAAAAGGGAACCUGUUUUGAAGCAGUGCCCCUUAGCGUAUUAUUGUCUUCUUUAAACAUUGCUAGAUUCAUAUUUGGAUUUGCCAUACCCUUCAUGAUCCUCAUUUUUACAAACUACAGUAUUUUCCAAGCUACAAAAAGAAGCAUCAGUUUGACUUGUCACCAGAAAAACAAAGUGAAGAAUGUGGCUAUUGCCAUUAUUUUUAUUUUCUUGAUCUGCUUUGCUCCAUACCAUGUGAUGCUCGUGAUAAGAGCCAUAUACUUUAUGUUUCAUCAGGACUGCCCAUGCCCAUUUGAAAACAAGGUAUAUUCAGUUUUUACAGCGUUUCUGUGUUUAGGCACUGCAAACGGUGCUGCUGAUCCAAUCAUUUACGUUCUGGUCAGUGAAAACAUCAGAGAAGAAACUUACAGGAGCCUGAGAAGAUGGAGAUGGAACUCAACCAAGCUAAAUUCAUCCAGUGAUCACAAUACUGACACCAUAAAAUUGGAAACUCCAAAAGAAUCACAGGAAGGGGGCCAAAGAGAAGAAAACAGAGAAAUAGCAGAUUCAUCUGACAUUCAGGCCUGUGCUAGUGCCAGAGAUGUGGAAAGUGGCAGCUAGCUGGUAGCUGCUGAACAAAUAAGAAGCUCCCAGUACCAGCUGCAGGACACAAGUUUUUGCAUGCUGACAUCAUCUUGUCCUGCAUGGGCCAUUAACUCCUUGAGGACACUAUGGGAGCAAUAAUUCACAUUUCUGUUUGUCUCCUACAAUAAGCUUUGCCCACCAGCAUCAUUGGCGAAAAUACUGCUUUGCUAAGGAUAUGCUGAAUAAACUAAGUAAUUUACUUUGACUCAAAUUGGGAUCUUAAAAGAUUAUUUUUUUGGACUGACUCUUAUUCUCAUAUGAAAUAAAACCAGUUUUAUGUUCUGAGCAA